GCAGUCUCCUCGCGCGAAGCAGCUGGGCGAGCGCUGCCUCCACAGCUGGAGAACGGCGCGGCUCUGCUCGCUCCAUCCUUUCCCUCAGGGGGUUAAAAAGAGAGCCGAAGAACCUUGAGGAUGAAAGCCUCACUUCGCAUUGGCUGGAAAAGUUUGAAGCCCUCUCUGAUUGGCUGGCAGGGUGUUUAAAGGAGUUGUGAGCUCCAAUUAAAGGGGUUCCGUGCAGGCGGCUUGUGAAUAAACGCUGGGCAUUGGAACGUGGGAUUUGCUAAUAGCUCCCGGGGCUCCUCGGUACCUACAGCAGUUUGCGAUUUUUACUCACUUCAAGGCUGUUGUCCCAGCUAAAGAAUUACAGCAAUAAAUAUUUGCACGCCUCAGGCAGAUUCAAAUAGGAGGAAGCGCGAAGAGGGGAAGCCAAGCUGAAGAAUGGAUCUGAGUUCAGGAAUCCAAAAGGUGUCCAUCAGCCAGCAACCAUCAGGAAGAGGUGUGCCAUGUUUAAGAUGUAGAGGGAUGUGCAGUGGCUUUGAGCCACAUUCUUGGAGGAAAAUAUGCAAGUCAUGUAAAUGCAGCCAGGAAGAUCACAGUCUGGGCUCCGAUGCAGAAGAUGAUCGGAAAAUUGGCCGCUUGCUCUCCGAUUCGAAAUAUUCUUCGCUAACUGCCCGGGUGAAAGGAGGUGAUAGUGUUCGCAUCUAUAAAAGGAACCGUAUGAUUAUCACUAAUCCUAUCGUGUCUCGGAAGGAUCCAACAUUUAACACUAUUACAUACGAAUGGGCUCCACCUGGACUGACUCAGAAGCUGGCUACCCAGUACAUGGAACUGAUUUCAAAAGAAAUGCAGCCAGUGGCUGGUACAGAAGGUGCUUAUUAUCGUCGCAGGAGGUUGAUGAGACAGCUUCCUAUUUAUGACCAGGAUCCUUCCCACUGCCGGGGCCUUUCAGAGAGUGAAAUAAAGUUGAUGGAGGACUUCGUGAAGAAAUACAAAGAUGGCGUUCUUGGCGUCGGGGAAGUUGCACUGCCAGGUCAUGGAGGAACUGCCAAAGACGAUGGGAAGCAACCUGAUAAAGGCAUUCGGGCAAGUAAAGAAGUUGUUUCUACCAAUGGAACCCUGGGUGACAUGCCUAAGGGGCAGGAAUUGUUCUGUGACCUCUGCAAGCAGGUGCUGCCUUCAGAAUCCCCUGUGGUAUAUGCCAGCAGAGGAGGCUAUGAUCGUCAGUGGCACCCUGCAUGCUUUGUGUGUUGCAAGUGUUCCGAACCGCUUGUGGAUCUGAUCUACUUCUGGAACAAUGGGGCCAUCUGGUGUGGGCGCCAUUACUGUGAGAGCAUAAGGCCACGCUGUGCGGCCUGCGAUGAGAUAAUAUUUUCUGAGGACUACCAGCGAGUCGAAGGCCUCACCUGGCACAAGCAACACUUUACCUGCCUGGAGUGUGAGACCUUGCUGACAGGCCAACCAUUCAUCCUGGAUGCAGCCAACCUGCUGUGUACAACUUGUAGUAAAAACAAGCAUCCAUAGUCAGCAUGAAGUUUCUCAAACCAAAGUUUUCAUUUUCUGAUGCCAUCCAGAUUUGAAUUAAUGGGAUAAAAACACAGUGAAGGGGGGGGGGGACAAGUGAAGAAAGUCACUUCAUAGUGGCUUUGGACUACUAUGGCUAUUUACAAUCAUGUUAUCCUGGGAAAUGAGGUGGGAAAUGAUGACAGGGGAGCAAACACAUCAGGGCGAAAUCUAGAGAAUGGUAUGUUCUAGCUCUUUCUAGAGAUAUAUAAACUAAUGUUCUGGAAACCAAUGCCCCCAAUGUUCAAUUACUGAUCGACUGCAUGUUACAAUAACUAAUCAAGGGUCUCUAGAAACAUGCAGAAUUCUUAAUUUUGCUGUCGGGGCUCAAUACUUUUCUUGUUAUGAAAGUGUUGUAUUUAUAGAUCGAAACCACCACAGUAACUCCAGCCACGUUAGUGGCUUUAAAGAAUGGAACUAAGUGGAAAACAUAUAUAACCCCGACGUUCCCAAGAGCUUCCUCUUCUUUGUUGUAAUGACCGACUUCUCAGAUGCAAGGGAUCUGCUUAUUAACUUGUGUUUACAAGUCAAGUACUGUUAAGAUUACUAUAGUAAACUGUUUGUCUUCAUGUUCUUCAAGAUAUUGGUGUAAUAAUGGCUUGUGCAGGGCGAUUGGAAUAGAUGUAUAUUGCAACUGGCAUUCAAAUAAUUCUAGCUAUAGCUAUAGCUGUUUUUAAAGCAAAAUGUGUUUGCCUUACGCUUAGUUUCCAAUGGGCUAUAUGGGGAUGGGUAAAUGGUUUGUGUUGGUUGUUAGUCUGUCACGUAUAUUCUUUUUCUGGCCCCAAUUAAUUUGUUACAUACUUUCAUACCUAUAAAAAUCUGCCACGUGGAGCAGUUCUAUUGCAACAGCCAAAACACAGGAAGGAGGGAUGAGUAACUGGUUUGUGCUCAACAGUUUCUUGACUCUUGGAACUCCACUCCUUCUAUUUAUCUUCAUUGAAACUGGAGGAUGAGCUCAAAUGUUGGCAUAAGCACAGUUGCUCAUAUGCUUUGGUGACUUAGAAAUAAUAAUGAACCUGGGCAUUAUGUCAACUGAGCCUAGGGCUUGCCAAUCAGAAGGUUGGCGGUUCGAAUCCCUGCGACGGGGUGAGCUCCCGUUGCUCGGUCCCUGCUCCUGCCCACCUAGCAGUUUGAAAGCACGUCAGAUUGCAAGUAGAUUAAUAGGUACCACUCCGGUGGGAAGGUAAACGGUGUUUCCAUGCACUGCUCUGGUUCACCAGAAGCGGCUUAGUCAUGCUGGCCACAUGACCCAGAAAAACUGUCUGCGGACAAACGCCAGCUCCCUUGGCCUAUAGAGCAAGAUGAGUGCCGCAACCCCAGAGUCGUCUGCAACUGGACCUUAGGGUCCUUUACCUUUACCUUUACUGGAUCCUAUUAUAGAUAUGGAGACCUUCAAGUCCUUCUGAAUCUUUAUUUACAGUAUUCUGCCUAAUAUUUGUGAUGAGACUCUCGUCAGCCUAAACAGUAUGAUGUUAAGAAAACAGCAUGUGAUCAUGAACAUUAUCCAAGGCACAUCCAACAAGAUGUGGAUUGACUCUUGUGAUAAGAGUACGUUAGAACAUGUAAAGUCUAUCUAGUUCCCAAUUGUUCGUUUGCUUGGGGUUAGCAGCAAAGCCAAUAUUGGUUGCAUGUCUUUAUAUAGCUGAGACUUUAACUCAGAUUAAUCCCAUUUAUAACAGAUAACCAAGAGAACCCUCAGAAGCUAUGGAAACAAUUUUGUCGUUACUAGUUCUGUAAAUAGUUGGUUUGGUUGACUAGUCCAGCAACAAUCGCCAAUAUGCUAUAAGCAUCUGUCGGGAUACAGUGGGAGCAGAAGUUACUUGAGGUGAAGAACUGGAAAAUAAUUUCAAAUAAUUCUUCUUAUUUGAGACAUAACACAUAUUAGAUGCGUGUAUUUUGCUUUCAGACAUAUAAUCAGUGUGACUGCUUAACGAAUUUAUGGAAACUAGGUAUGUACAAAGCAUAAGCUUAUCCAGUAAAUUUAGUUUUGGACAACGUUUUUGGGCAGCACAGGAGAACUCCAUUGGGCCUGUUAUAUAUGCACAGUGAGUUUCUGGGUUGAAAAUAAAAACUGCAAUCCAUUGAUGCAGCUAUAUAUACCUCCUCGAGAGCCAUUACAAUGUGUGCCUCUGAACUCGCUUGGGGUGCACCCAUUUUAGUAGUGCUUACAUGUGACACCUACCUGUGGCUGUAAAUGUAAAUGCACCAAUGAAUAUAUUCAUUUAUUUACCCCCUCCCCUCCAAUGUGAGUACUUAAAAUCUGGAGCAAAAAUAAAAUGCACAACUGGUUUGGACAAUGGUAGCUGAUGUGGAAAUAGAUACUUAAACAGAAUUUCUUAGCUGGUGGUCACUGGUAAAAGAAGAAAAAAUCCCCACAAUUUAAUAUCUGAUUCCACCUGGUAUAAAAAUAAUUACUUUAAAAUCAAUGCAGCACUCUUAAUACUU